AUGAACUCAAGGAUAUUUCGGAUGCCGGAUCCAAUCCGCCUUUCCAUAUUCUCGAAAGACGUAUAUAUCGUCCAGGGAGCCGAGAAUAUCAAGCAUGUGUUUCGUAACUCCUGGACGUCCACGUCAACAGUGAUCCAUAAAUUCAGCCUCCGAAAUGCAUUUGGGAUGGCAGACAAAGCGCUGGAAAUCUAUGACAAAGACGAUUCAGGAGGUAGCCUCCGGCCGUAUCCUGGAAGCACGGUAGAGGCCAGAAACCGGGUGGACUUCAAAACCUAUCAAAAUAUUGCUCGAUUUCUCGCAGGUAGUGGCUUCGCACCGUUCUGGCGACGAUAUCAUACCGAUGUGACGAAGCGUCUUAAAGGUCAUACGCUUGGCUCGGAAUGGGAGCAUUGGCCGGACUUUCUGGGGUUCUUCGAGACAGAAAUCUCAACUGCUACCGUGAACGCUCUAUGUGGUAAAUAUCUCUUGAAACGCAGUCCAAACUUCCUGAAAGAUUUCUGGAAGAUGGAUCGUGAGGCCGGCGUACUUUUCAAGGGCACACCGAGGAUUUUCGCACCGAAGGUAUACGCAACGCGAGACCGGCUGCUUGCCGCCAUCAAAGAUUGGCAAGCAUUCGCAAGACAAAACUUUCACCCAUCCACAGUUGAGCCAAGUGGAGAUGACCCUUUCUGGGGCAGCAGCUUUUUCAGGGAUCGGCAAGGCGUGUUCAUGGACAUGGACGGCAUGGAUUAUGAUGCAAUUGCAUCUGAAGACUUUGGAGCUAUCUGGGCAUCCGUACGCAAUGCCAUUGUGGCAGCGUUUUGGACGACGUUAGAAAUCUUCCAAGACCCAGCCCUUCUUACCAGAGUAAGGGAGGAGCUCAAGGUUUGCAGAAACGAUGAUCCCGACACCCUUUUUGACAUCGACCGUCUACUGCAGUCGCAUCUUAUGCAGUCAAUAUACGCAGAAGUAUUGAGACUGCGCGUGCAUGUUUUCAUCGUGCGAGCACCUAAGAAGUACAACUUGAAAAUUAGGGACUGGUUCAUACCGGCUGGGAAGACGCUCUUCAUGAGUUCGACUCCAGCGCAUAUGGACAAGAACGUAUGGAACACGGGCGCAAGCGAUGAACAUGGCCUCGAUACAUUUUGGGCCGAUAGGUUCAUGAAAGCAGCAGGCGACGAGACUAGUGGACCUAGAAAGCAUAACAUGCGGGUCAAAUCGCCCUCAACCCCAGUUCACGACCCACACACGGCAUCCCAAGCAAAGUUCGCCCCUGAGGACGUUGAGGGAUCGUGGAUUCCUUAUGGUGGAGGUCCCCGCAUGUGCCCGGGUCGUCAUUUCGCGAAACGUGAGAUCAUAUUAACAGCAGCAAUGAUGGUCUCAUUGUUUGAUUGUGAAGUCCUGGCAGACGUUCGGUCGUUGAAAAUGGAUAUGAAGGGAUAUGGCUUGGGGACUCUGAAUGCAGCGGGCAAGGUUCCGGUGCGAAUGAAGCGUAGAAACAUCGAUGACGAAUAAUUGCUCAAGAUUGGCAUUCGACAAUAUUUAGGGGAAACGAUUCUCUUUUUCUGCUCAUACAGAGUUGCGGGUCACCUCUUGAACGGCCACUGAAUGUCAGUCGUAGAGAUUGUAAACUCGCGAGUUUCGCGGGUUGAUGUUUCCUGCCAGCUCAUUGAACGCAUUGUCCUAGAGCUGAUAAACCCCUAAUGUUAAUUGACUUGGGAACUGACGAUCGGGUAGCAAGUGUUUCGCUCAAACCCCACAUUGUAUUCAACCAUUCCAAAAUUUGUCGGAAAGGAAAUCAUUUUUAUAGCUGGUCAAGCCCAAUGAAUAAGUUCUAGGAACAAACCGACUGAAUUUGUCAAAUUUGGGAGUCCGAUGAGAUGAGAUGGAGUGAUGAAGAUGAAGACGAAGCCGCGAUGGCUAGAAUUUGUGGGUCACUGGACCAGCUAAGCCUAAACUAGAAAGGGCGAGUGAAUA